ACCAACCGGGUUUAGCUGUCGCUUUAAGACUGAUUUCCCCCCAUUGUCAAACAGUCGUGAGCAGGAAGAGGGAAACGAAAGCAGAGAGCGAGGGGCCCGACGUAUUUAAACACGAUGCUGCUGCCUCUCAGUAACGGGGACCGGAGGAGGAGCGUCUCUGCAGCCCGAUCACUUAAAAACACGCACCCACACGGAGAUCAUCACAAGUGACAUUUUAGAUCCGAUUGUUGCCGUUUUCAUUGACAGUGUGAGAAGUCGCUGCAGGAUGAGACUUGAGAGUCAUGCAAGUGUCAGCGCGGGUGAUCGCCUCAGGAAAUGAUGACAGUGUCCUCCAUCAUCGCUUAGCUGCUCAGAGCGAAAUUGUUUUGUCUUCGGCCAUUUCUGCAGGACUGUGUGUUCAUUUAACAAAAAUAAAGGGCUGAACCGGCGUCUUGGAGACUGUAGGAGCAAGUGUCUUUGAUUCAGCUGCACAGGUGUGGACUCCAGCUGGACAUCACAUCUGAGACAUGUCCUCUGCUAUAGAGAGGAAGACCAUGGAAGCUAAUGAGGAGCCGGUGGAUGAAGUCCUCCAGAUGCCCCCCUCUCAGCUGACGUGUGGUGGGUGUCAGCAGAGCAUCGGGGACAGGUUCUUCCUGAAGGCCAUCGAGCAGUACUGGCAUGAAGACUGCCUGAGCUGCGACCUGUGUGGCUGUCGACUGGGGGAGGUGGGCCGCCGCCUCUACUUCAAGCUGGGGAGAAAACUUUGUCGGAGAGACUACCUCAGACUGUUUGGUCAGGACGGUCUCUGUGCGUCCUGUGAGAAGAGGAUUAGAGCGUUUGAGAUGACGAUGCGUGUGCGGGACAAGGUUUACCAUCUGGAGUGCUUCAAGUGUGCCGCCUGCCAAAAGCACUUCUGCGUGGGUGACCGCUACCUGCUCAUCAACUCAGACAUUGUGUGCGAGCAGGACAUCUUCGAGUGGACCAAACUCAGCAAUAGCAACAUGAUUUAGCAGAGUGGUUUGGUCAACAUGAGGGAGCAGCACCCUGCCUUUCCCACUUGCUUUAAAGUGGAGGAACUGACAUUUUGCAGCCUGUGCAGACUGCAUCAUGCAUCUGAUAUUCAUAGUCAGAGUCAGCAGCUUUGCAUUGCUCUCUACUGGAGACUGAUGAAGACUGCACCAGCAAUAACAAAAAAGGUUGAUCCUUAAAUGCAAAACCAGGCUUAUAUACUGGAAAUACUUAAACAUGCAAUAAUGAUUGUUUGUUAUACACACUGGAGUCUUAUAACCUUAGCAAUGAACACAAAUAAAAUGUUGAGUUCAAAAUUCAA